AGCACGUCAUUAGUUUUUUUCUCUCGAGUUGAUCGUGUGUGAGUGCAAAGGAAUUUUUUCCAAUUUUCACAAAGAAUUUUAGUGAAUCCUGUUUAAGUUUUUGCACUUGUUUAAAUUUUUAUAAUGAAGAAACUGUAAUUAAAGCAUAAGUUAAAUUCGUUAUGGAAAAAUUUCCAUUGAAAGGUAGUAGAGAGAUUGCAGCUGAAGGUAAUAGCUAUAUUACUGCAUAUCAAUCAGUAUUGAAAAAGUCGAACGGUCAUACAGGUGCCAUAGGAGAUAUUACUGCUGCUCAGGAUCAUCCAUUGGCUACGUCCUCUUUAACAAAGGAAACUAACGGCACUGCAGCAACAACUGCACUCACAGUUGGUGAAGACGACGACGAAAUGAUUGACAUCACACCACAUUCAAGCCCAGGCGAUGGCGGGCACUCGUCGAAUUUCAAUUACAAGCGUCACACUUCAGCGGACUCAGAUUUAGAGGGAGAGCGUGAGCAUCAUUACUCGCGCAAUCACCACCAUGUACCAACACAUAGCGCCUUCGGUGAUAUCAAUGAUAGUGGAAUGGCAUUCUAUGGUGCGUCGGAUGCACACGAUGAUAUACCUGGAAUUGGGCAAUACGAUGAUUUUCACACAAUCGACUGGCAACGCGAUAUUGCUCGCGAUCGCAUGCGUCAUCGGUAUAUAGUUAAAAAACGACAGGAUUCAUUAUGGGACCUGCUGAAGGGUGCUCAUGAUGCAUGGUCUGGUUGGCUGUGUGUGCUAUUUGUUGGUAUUGCUGCUGGCUUUGUUGCCGGCAUGAUCGACAUUGGCGCUAGUUGGAUGUCUGACUUGAAGCAUGGCAUUUGCCCACAAGCAUUUUGGUUUAAUCGCGAGCAAUGUUGUUGGCCAACCAAGCAGUCGGUGUUUGAAGAGGGCAAUUGCUCAACGUGGAAAACUUGGCCGGAGAUUAUGGGCAUGGAUCGCAAUGGCACUGGUGCCUAUAUUAUGUCUUACUUCUGGUUUAUUAUAUGGGCGCUAAUGUUUGCCGCAUUGAGUGCUUCAUUGGUACGCAUGUUUGCUCCCUACGCUUGUGGUUCUGGUAUACCUGAGAUUAAGACCAUUCUUUCGGGCUUUAUUAUACGCGGUUAUUUGGGCAAAUGGACUUUGCUAAUCAAAUCUGUUGGUCUCAUGCUUUCGGUAUCGGCGGGCUUGACGCUGGGUAAGGAAGGCCCUAUGGUACAUAUUGCCAGCUGCAUUGGCAAUAUAUUCUCGCAUAUGUUUCCAAAAUAUGGACGAAAUGAAGCGAAGAAGCGUGAGAUUCUAUCCGCAGCUGCAGCUGCUGGCGUUUCGGUGGCUUUUGGUGCACCCAUCGGUGGUGUGCUCUUCUCACUCGAGGAAGUCUCGUACUAUUUUCCGUUGAAGACAUUAUGGCGUUCAUUCUUUUGCGCAUUAAUAGCCGCGUUCGUUUUACGUUCGUUGACACCAUUCGGCAAUGAGCAUUCAGUAUUAUUCUUCGUGGAAUACAAUAAACCAUGGAUAUUUUUCGAACUUAUACCUUUCGUGUUCCUAGGAAUAAUGGGCGGUGUGAUCGGAACUAUUUUCAUCAAAGCGAAUUUAUGGUGGUGCCGUUACCGUAAAUUUAGCAAGUUGGGCCAAUACCCCGUCAUUGAAGUACUAGUAGUGACACUCGUCACCGGUAUUUUGUGCUUUCCCAAUCCAUUCACACGCAUGAACAUGAAUGAACUUAUUUAUUUACUCUUCAGCCAAUGUUCGCCGGGGGAAACCAACAAUCCGUUAUGCGAUUACAAGCGUAUGAACAUUACGAAUGGCGCUACAUCCUCCAUAGAAGUGACAGAACCGGGCGCUGGCGUAUACCAUGCCAUAAUUUUAUUGCUACUAGCUUUCGUAUUUAAAUUAGCUUUGGCGGUUUUCACGUUUGGCAUGAAGGUACCAGCGGGCUUGUUUAUUCCCUCCCUCCUACUAGGUUCAAUUAUGGGGCGUAUUGUAGGAAUUGGCGUCGAACGUUUCGCUUAUAGCUAUCCAAAUAUCUGGCUCUUUACGGGUGAAUGUGUUAAUGGCAAAAAUCUGAUUACACCUGGUUUAUAUGCGAUGGUGGGUGCAGCUGCAACUUUGGGUGGCGUAACACGCAUGACAGUCUCAUUGGUAGUCAUCAUGUUUGAGCUAACAGGCGGUGUUGGCUAUAUAGUUCCCUUAAUGGCAGCAGCUAUGGCUUCGAAAUGGGUGGGCGAUGCUCUCGGAAGACAGGGUAUAUAUGAUGCGCACAUCGCUCUGAACGGUUAUCCGUUCCUCGAUAGCAAAGAAGAGUUUGCCCAUACAACUCUGGCAGCUGACGUAAUGCAACCAAAGAGGAAUGAAACACUCAAUGUUAUUACUCAAGAUUCAAUGACUGUGGAUGAUAUUGAGACAUUACUAAAGGAAACGGAGCAUAAUGGGUAUCCAGUUGUAGUGUCCAAAGAAAGCCAAUAUUUAGUGGGGUUCGUGCUGCGCAGGGAUCUCAACUUAGCAAUAGGAAAUGCGAAACGUCUAAUCGAAGGUAUCACUGGCGCAUCAAUAGUAUUAUUCACAUCUGCAGCGCCAACGCAAAAUUUGGGACCACCACCGCUUAAAUUAAAGAAAAUACUUGAUAUGGCACCGAUAACGGUGACAGAUCAGACACCCAUGGAAACUGUGGUGGAUAUGUUCCGAAAGUUGGGCUUACGGCAAACACUGGUUACACACAAUGGCCGGUUGCUCGGUGUUAUAACCAAGAAGGAUGUUUUACGUCACGUUAAGCAAAUGGACAAUGAAGAUCCAAACACUGUCUUGUUCAACUAAUUGGUGAUGCGCGUUAAAGAACCGAGCGUCUGCCAUCCUAGCCAGUCGGCAGUUUAUCACCGAGGCAGAUUGUUUGCUGUACCAGAAUAAUGUAGCUGAAUUAUUUACGAUAUCAUUAUUGUUAGUCUAACUUAAAUAUGCACAUGUAGAUGAUGUGUGGCUGGAAAAUUCGCUCUAUUAUCUUUAGCACACAUUAUGUAUGUAUGUAUUCCCGAUGUAUUGUAUUUAUCUAUUAUUUAUUUUAUUAGCAUCACUUUAUUUGGGCGGUGCCAAAUUUGUUUUUAUUUCUACAGCUGGGAAUAUUCAAUUAGAUGUGUAAAUGUAACCCAACUUAUUCCAUAUACAAGUUUCUAUAUAUUUUUGAUAUGUUUUAUGUGAAUUGUCGAAACUUGCAAUAUAUUCUCAACAAGUUUUAAUAUUUUCCUUGCAUCCGUUACUUUACAAAGAGAGCAACACUAUAUUUCUAUCAACGAUUUUAUUUAUAAAAUAGGAAAAAAUAGGGUCAUUUAGGAUAAAAUUAUAACAAAUGCACCUAACUGUGUAAUCUACAUUAUAUAUUUACGAAAACGAAAUUACGUGAAGCAUAGUUGAAAGAGCAUAAAUAUUUGCAUUAUUUUAUGUUUCCUUUCAUAUCUCGAUUGUGUGUGAUUUUUUGAAAAGAAAAAUGCAAAACCGCAUAAUGCAAUGUACAAAGGUCGAGGUCAAAUAUCGCAACAACUAUACACACAUAUACUUCUAUGUAUAUAUACAUAUGUACGAAUGCUUUUCGUGUCUCUAUUUUGUUUCUGUAUAGUCUUCCCCGUGUUGUAUUGGAUCGCAGGCAUGUCUUGUUUAUAUUCAGCAAUAAUUUUGGCAUAAUUAUGCUACAAGUAACGUAACAAAAUAUGUGGAGCAAAUGUUUAUGUAUGUAUAAUAGUAAUGAAGCACAUUUAUUAACUAUUUUGUGUCUGUGAUCUGUAAACAAAACUAAAUAAAUUUUUGAUAAAAAUAUUCAAUGGAAAAA